CCGAGCGCCCGCUCGCGAGGCUCCCACAAUGCACCGCACAAUGGCCCGACCGCCGCCACUACCGGGGCCUGAGCGGGCCUGGCGGAGCCCGAGCGCGGCCCGGCCCGCAGCGCGGGGCUCGGAGCGCGGUUCUGUCAGCUUCUACAGUUGUUAACGUUAGAGUGUGAGACCAGAAGAACAGCUUUGAAAGAGAAGCAGGAUUUUUUUUCGCAGUUUUGUGGAGAAGAAAUCCGAAGAAAUAGGCCUUCGGAUAAUGUGGGAGAGGCCCAGGAAUCUUCCUGGAUGAGAGGAGUUUGCAGACAAAGGACAGAGGGAGAAAAACUAGAUUUCCUAAAGGAUUCCUAAGGUGAAGAGAUUGUUUUCUGAAGGCUGCGUUGGAGGCUGUGACAGAGCACAGAGCCCUGUGGAGCUGAUGGGGAGGCUUUCUCAAUAACAUGGCCCUUCGCCAUUAGCCUUGCCAUGACCACAUUUUUCACCAGCGUCCCCCCCUGGAUUCAAGAUGCAAAGCAGGAGGAGGAAGUGGGCUGGAAACUAGUGCCCCGGCCUCGGGGCCGGGAGGUGGAGAGUCAAGUGAAGUGCCAAUGUGAAAUCUCGGGGACACCCUUCUCAAAUGGGGAGAAGCUGAGGCCUCACAGCCUCCCCCAUCCAGAACAGAGACCGUAUAGCUGCCCUCAGCUGCACUGUGGCAAGGCUUUUGCCUCCAAGUACAAGCUGUAUAGGCACAUGGCCACCCACUCAGCCCAGAAACCGCACCAGUGCAUGUACUGCGAUAAGAUGUUUCACCGCAAGGAUCAUCUGCGGAACCACCUGCAGACCCAUGACCCCAACAAGGAGGCCCUCCACUGUUCUGAGUGCGGUAAGAAUUACAAUACAAAGCUGGGCUACCGGCGCCAUCUGGCCAUGCAUGCCGCCAGCAGUGGUGACCUCAGCUGCAAGGUGUGCCUGCAGACCUUUGAGAGUACCCAGGCCCUGCUGGAGCACCUGAAGGCACACUCACGCCGGGUAGCAGGUGGUGCCAAGGAGAAGAAGCACCCCUGUGACCACUGUGACCGGCGGUUCUAUACUCGUAAGGACGUGCGGCGGCACCUGGUGGUCCACACAGGCCGGAAGGACUUCCUGUGCCAGUACUGUGCCCAGCGAUUCGGCCGCAAAGACCACCUGACGCGUCACGUCAAGAAGAGCCACUCGCAAGAGCUGCUCAAGAUCAAGACGGAGCCGGUGGACAUGCUCGGCCUGCUCAGCUGCAGCUCCGCAGUCAGCGUGAAGGAGGAGCUGAGCCCCGUGCUGUGUGUGGCCUCCCGGGACGUGGUGGGGGCCAAGGCCUUCCCUGGCAUGUUGCCCAUGGGCAUGUACGGUGCCCACAUCCCUGCCAUGCCCAGUGCGGGCGUGCCACACUCCCUGGUGCACAACACGCUGCCCAUGGGCAUGAGCUACCCUCUGGAAUCCUCACCUAUCUCUCCUCCAGCUCAGCUUCCUCCAAAAUACCAGCUUGGAUCUACCUCAUACUUGCCCGACAAAUUGCCCAAAGUGGAGGUGGAUAGUUUUCUGGCGGAGCUUCCUGGAAGCCUGUCUCUCUCAUCCGCUGAACCCCAGCCCACCUCACCUCAGCCGGCGGCAGCUGCGGCCCUCCUAGAUGAAGCACUGCUCACCAAGAGCCCCGCCAACCUCUCUGAGGCUCUCUGCGCUGCUAAUGUGGACUUCUCCCACUUACUGGGCUUUCUUCCUCUCAACCUACCCCCAUGUAACCCACCUGGGGCCACAGGAGGCCUGGUCAUGGGCUACUCCCAGGCUGAGGCUCAGCCCCUGCUCACCACUUUGCAAGCUCAGCCUCAAGAUUCCCCAGGAGCCGGGGGACCGCUGAACUUUGGGCCACUGCACUCCUUGCCACCUGUCUUCACCUCUGGCCUGAGCACCACGACCCUGCCUCGUUUCCACCAGGCAUUCCAGUAGCCGCAAGGAGGCCCUCAGCUCAGUCCCGGCUCUGUCAGGGAGCCUCAGAACCUGUCCCAUCUGCAUCCCCUGUGAAGGCAGCUGAGCUUUCAGAGCUGGGUUCAGAAAGAAACGAUUCCAGCAUCUGUAUGCAGCACUUGGUCUGGGGGCUUAAGCUCCAGGAUUAGUUCCGGGAGGAAUCUUGAGCCCUAACCCCAUGAAAAGAUGUCAUACAAUAGGACUUCAGGUAUUUUUACUUUUUUUUUUUUUUUUAAUCUGAAUCGGGAGCCACACCUAGCCCUCUCCCUCUCCAAAGCAUCGGAACCUCCUUCUCUUUGAAGAAGGGAGAGGUCUCUUGAAGACACAGAGGGUUUUACUUCGGAUGACCUCGAGAGAAGUAGCCCAAGAAGCCCGUCUUCUGGUCCCAGCCUGCAGACCCCACAGCAGUUGGUCAGGCCCUCCUGCAGAGGGUCCAUCGCCUGCUUCCAGUCAUCAGGCAGGGGGGAAGCCUCUGCUUGCUCCCCGUUGCCUCCAUCCCUCUUGUCCCAACGUCUCCAUUUUCAGUCAGUGUUUUCCAGCAACGGUACCGUUUACACAGUCGCUUCAGACACACCAUUUCACCUCCCUUGCUGAGCUGUUAGCCUUAGAAUGAUUGCAGUGAACAUUGUUUACACACCGUGAAUCCAUUCCCACCAGUCCAUUCCAGUUGGCACCAGCCAGAACCACUUGGUACCUGGUGUUAACUGGAGCCCUGUUUACAAGGCGGAGUCGGGUCCCGACUUCUCUUCAUUUGAGGUCACAUUUUUCCCCUGUGGGGAAAUAAACUGACUUUGGACUGCUUCAGUCUCUGCCAUCUUCCAUGACUGUGUCUGUUCUUGCCUUCCUUGGCAGAGUCCACAGGAGACAGGCAAGAAGAUUGGAGCAGUUUUCUCACAGGUCUGCAAUUCUGUUUUUCUUCAAGUACAUCAUGACCCCCUCAUCCUCCUUUUGAACUGGAGAGAGGGGAAGAAAUGAAAGGCAUGCCCACUUCCACUCCCCCUGCCCCCCCCCCCCCCCAUUCCUUAAUCCCUACCCUGAAUAUCAUGAGUUGUUAUUGGUCUUGGAAGGAGGGAUUCGGGUUCUAGGCUGGUGUGGAUAGCAAAGGAGAGGGUGUGAGCCUCUCAUAUGUCUCUCCUGCCUGUCCCGUUUUCAGGAAGUUGUGGAAUUGUUGGAAGAAGAGUUUUCAGAAAGUUAGGACUGGGCAGAUAAUUAAGUCCUAAUCAUCCAUUGUAUCAUGUAUGGGGGGUAUACAUCAUGUAUGGGAUGUAUCAUGGGAGGUAAACAUCAUUGCCUCCCAUACCAAACUUUUUUCUUCUCCACAGUGUUCCUCCUCUCUCUUCCACUUUGCAGUCCCUCUGGACUCAAGGCCACUGUGCAUAGGCUUCUGUGCUCUCCAUCAAAGAAUUUCCACCUUCCUCUUGUGGCCCCUCUCACUUUUGCCCUCAGUACUCAGCAAGUUUUCUUGCAAUAAACGAUUAAUUCUUUUGACUUGUGGGGCUCCCUUGCUGCAGAUAGCACAGCUUUUGCCCAACUGAACCUCACCCCUGCUUCAUCUCAGUUCUGCAUGGGCUUCGUUCUUCCCACUCGUGGAAGGGAGGCCACUCAGGGACCACCAGUAUGGGGCCCUCUUGAGACACUUCCACUCUGAUUCAGAAACACACUUCUACCUCUUUACUGUUAACUCCUACAGAUGGCAGCCAGCAGUUUCUGGGCACUUCUCUCAGCAGGUGCCUCAUACUGGCUUCUGGCUUCUUCACUAGGGUUUCAGGACAGACUCCCAAGGAACUGCCUCAGCCUCUUCCCAGUUCUCCCCGUCCCCCUCCUGUCUGGAAAUCACUUUGGUUUAUCAUCAGGAACUGAGCAGGUCCAAGACCCACGCUUCUGCUUCAGCGCAGGCCAGUACUGUUUCUUUGAGGCGAAAGCCUUAAAAUGUAGCUUCCUGGCCCUUGAUUGGAAGCAAUGUGGAAUGAAUAAACAUGUUUUCAUUUAGGCAGGCUAGCUUGGGAUACCUUUUUUUUUUUAAAAAAAAAGAGAAAACCAGAUAUAAAGAUGUCUGGCAAGAUUAGAAUCAGACUAGGUGAUUUGCUUCUAAAAAUUAGCUUCAGUGAGUCCCAGGGACUAAUUAAGGUUUACUUUUAAAAGCGUCCACCUUGGUACGCAGCCACCUUCUGCAUGCUAUGCAUGUUAUUGGGACUCGUAUAUAGGAAAUGGUAAGUGAGGACCCAGUCGGGACUCAGUGCCGCCAUUGUCCUUGUUGUCUCUGACCUUCAUCACUAGACCCAGCAACCCUCACCCCUCCUUGCCACCUUUUCUGCACCUUUUGUUUACAGAGGUAAAGGGGCCUCUGGCUAUGGAAUAUAAAGUCUUGGACUGUUAGAGGAGUCUCUUCUCUUUGCCUGCUCUUUCCUGUCCCUUGAAUUCUCUCCCCCAUUAGUGAUGCUGGGAAACUCAUAGGACAGGCAAAGCAACUUUUAAAACCUUGUAACUUGGGGCCUUGCCCCUUAUCCCCUCUUCUUCCUUUCAGGCCUGUUCCUCCUGUUCUUCCUUCAAUGCCCUUCCCACCCACAAAGAAUUUUCCUAUCACUGUGAACUUUGCUGGUGCAGAGGAACAUCUGCCUUCACCUUUUUUUUUUUUUGGACUGUAGAUACCCAGCAAUUUCUUAAACCUCCCUUUCCAAAAAAAAAAAAAAAAAAAAGAAAAAAAAAGUCCUUAUUGACCUGUUGUUCAAAGGAUAAGAACAGCCUUAUCCUAUUCAGUACCAAACCCACUUCAGUACCCUUACUGAGGCCAUGAGAGCCUAGGGGUUUCUGCCCAGGACAGGAGCCAUGGCAUGUUGGCAGAGACCAAACAGGGACCAGGAAAGGGGGUGAUGUCCCCUUCCCCACCGCUUCCAACCUCUGUCAGCGAUGAGCUGCCCUGAACAGUGGCAGGCACCUCCCCCUCUGCACAGAAGCUAGUCAGGGUUGAGUGCAGUCCUGGGGGGCCAGGGGGUAGCAUGCCAGCUGGGUCAGCUCAGAGGAUCUGCACAUCUUGGGAGAGGGGAGAGGAACAAUGAGUUUUUUUUCCCAUAACCUUUUAUAAAUGGCAUUUUGUUCAUGGAAAUCCGGGAAGCAGGUGUGAUUCCUUUUUUGCUCGUAGAUAUUGUCUUAAGUUGAACUUCUACUGCCCUAAACUUUACCCUAGUAGCCCUUUAAGUCCCUAUGCCUCCUUCUUUUUGGUAGCUGUUUUCUCCAGCCCCCCUCCAUCUCCCCUCUUAUCUAGGAGCUAUUUUUAAGCAUGACUUUUUUUUUAACAGUUUAUAUUGUACAGGAUCAAUAUUUUGCUUUUUAACAAGGAUAUUUAUGUAAUAAACUUUGCCUUAGGCAGGUGUUGGCCAGAAAAGUCCAGAUUCCUCUGGGAUCCCACCCUGGCCUCUCCUGGAGCUCUGAACCUGCUGUGGAAGGAACUGGCUGUGACCUCACCACUGGAAAGUAGGGUCUGUGGCGAGGGAAAGGGGUGUACUGCUUCUGACAGGAGGAGGAUCCACCAUGGUAAUCAAGUGCCUGUGUGGAGGGGUUUGAAAAGAAAUGUUCUAGUUCAAUUUCUUCAGAUGUUCGCCUACUUCCUUAGCGGAUUCUCCCCAUAAUGCACCUCUCCAGCUCUCACCAUUUGGCACUGGAACUCCUGAAACACCACUUCUCAUACACCCCACUCCCUCUCUCCCAGUGGUCAAGGCUUUGGAGCCACUCUUUCGUAAUACCAGAUUAUUUAAAGAGAAAAAUACAAGACAAAACCUAGCACUUUGUAAACACAGUGAAUAACCUCGGAGUAUUUUUGGCUUUAUAUAAAACAAGGUUUUUAAUUGUAAAAUAUAAGUGCCAUUAGAAAAUGCACAAGGCCUAUCUUUGUUAAAGUAGAUUUUUCAAUGUUUUACAGAAUUACAUUUUCAAAAAAAAGUUUUUAUAAUGAAGUUGUUUAUUAAAAACUUCUGAAUGAUGUGUUUGGAA